AUGCAAAAGUUGCUCAUAGCCAUCAAUGGGACGACAACUUUGCGCCCAUCAGCGCUCAGCAAGGCCCGUCACAAGUCUCCGCCACCUCUGCCACGGGAAGUUGGAAUGCGUCCCAUGCAGCAGAGAGGAUUGGGUGAUCCUGCGUGGAAGGGCGAACCCCAUGACGCACCAGGGGAAGUAGAGCUGUUACUCGGCCUGCGGGGCACACAGGGGCUCAUGAGGGGAAUCCGUGGGUGGCAGGGAUUCGCCCGGAGGAUCGCUGUCGCGCCAUUUGGCGGCGUAUUGGAAUGCAUGCUUGAUGCGACGCCUGGCCACAGCUCCUGGAUGCGUCUUUGGUCGCUUUUCCGACGCCGGCUGCGCCAGACCCCGGCGUGCAAACAGCGGUGGGAGGAAAGAGGCGCCCUGGGCGUGCGCCAUUCACGGGGAAUAGAUGUUUAUGGAAUCUCGCCGGUUGGCAGGGCGACUGCGUACACUCAGUCGCAUGGAUCCUCCGGACAACGAAAAAGAAUUCUAGAGCGCGGAUCCGGGAAAUUCAGGGCGCUAUCGAAGCGCCCAGAAACGGGACCGCCCUUUCCCCCAGGCAGUUCAGAGAGCAAACAAAGAGCAUGCCGCACCCCCGCCCAAUGA